AUGUCUGAGAAGUUUAGUAUUCAUGAAAUUCUCAAAUCUAGUUUUGAUGCAGCAUUAUUGCCAGGAGCAAAAAUUAGAUCUCAUGAAACGGUGCCUGUCACAACAUUGACGGCAUCAUCACAAGCAGUUGGCAAUAAUGAUCUUACUUCACAUGGUCAUCCAGACUUAACACCAGUUGCUUCAAAGAUAACUCAGCACCUGAACUCACCUCUCUUGGAUAGAUUUGAAACUCAGACUACUUUGAAUCGUAUGUUAACAUUGAAUCCAAGCGAAAAUAAUCAUGACAACGCCUUCAAUAUAUUGAAUUCAACACAGACUAAGCAAUUUUUAGACAUAUUUUUGAAUCUAUCAAAACAAAAUAAUUAUAUUGACGACAAGAAUGAUAGUUCACACGAUAAAGAUAUGAAUCAGUUUAUUAAAAUAUUAAUAAAGUACAUAAAAGGCUGUAAUAUAACAAAUCCCCUAAUUAUAAAAUAUUUACUGCGUAUAUUUUCGAGUAAUCCAAAAGAUGUACUAAGUUUGUUGUCGAGAGAAAAUGUAAUUGAACCAAGACGCAUCGGACAUCCUUACCAAAGUAGAAUACCGAGAAAACGCAAAAAACCGAGAACAGCAUUUACACGGUAUCAAGUGUCAACUCUGGAAAGGAAAUUUAAUCAGCAGAAGUAUUUAGCUUCAACAGAAAGAAGUGAAUUAGCAAAUCUAUUGAAAAUGACAGAUGUACAAGUGAAAACUUGGUUUCAAAAUCGACGAACAAAAUGGAGGAGACAAACGAAUGAAGAACGUGAAGCGGAAUGGAAAGCUACUGGACGUCUUCUUAUAAGCUUGCAUUCUCAGCUGAACCGCUUUGCAGAUUCAAACAGUGAAUCACUGUACUGA